AAGCAAAAAGACUUCAAGUUGCCUUGGAACAUCUGGUGAAAAAUAAAUCAGAUUUAAAGAAACAAAAAGCUCAAUAUUUGCUUGAUGUUUUUGAGACAAUGAGCGUGUACGCUCUGCUUACUUUAUGGUGUUCAUUAGAUCCUGUUGUGCGAGUGCCUAUGUAUCACCUGACCUUACAACGUUCAUUAGAUCCCAUUGUGGUCUGCUUUGCCAAAGAUCGAGAUGGAUACACUACAUCUUAUCCAAACAGUCCAAUAGUGAAUAAUCUGGAAAAUGGACUAAAACCAAAGAGAUGGGCUAAGACUGAUGAUAAGUCUUACACUUCAUCUGCCAGAACUAGUGAUGAUAUGUAUAAGAGUGUGGAUGAUGAGCUUGAAAAAUCUGAAAAAAGUGAUGAGAAAGAUGAAUUGAGGUUAGACAUGAAAGAAAUUGGAUUCAAAGAAUACAUUGAUCAAGGGGAUAAACAUAUGGAUAACUAUUCAGAAACACAAGUAAAAACAUUCUCUAGAGAAAUGCUCAAAGAUCUUAGAGAGGAUAUUAAAUCAAAGUUAAUCAGAAAAGAAAAAGAAACAAGGGGUGUAAAAUCAAUCUUACAAGAGUAUAUUGAGGUUGCUAAUGAUGGUAGAUUACAUGAACUUUACGAAACUAUUACUGAGUCUUAUACUAUUCCAUUAUAUUUAUUGAAAGAAAUUAUGAGCAAAAAGACACUUGUGGCAAAUAUAAUAAGUCUAGUGUUACGAAUUUUUUUUCAUAAUUUAUACAUAUAUCCUACAAUUUGGCUGAACACAUCCAGCACUAGCGCAAAGAUUCAAAAACUUGCUAUCAAUGAUCCUUUCUGGGCUAAACAACCCGAUAUGAUCAGAAAAAUUGUCAAUAAUGGAAAAAUUAUUUUUGAAACGAUGUUUAGGGAAGUGACAGGUAAGAGUAAGAAUAAUACAGAAAAAAAGAACCUAAUCGAUCUAAUUAGGUUGGGAUUAUUUAUGAAAGAUGCAUUAGAUAAUAUUUUGCCUAAGACCAGUGUUAAUCAGAUUUUUGCUUGGCAAGUUAUUGUGAUAAAAUGGACUGGUUAUAUGAUGACUUUAAUUAGUCCUGGAAUUUAUGUCAUAGAUACUGAUGAUAAU